UACAUGGCUCAUCCUCACUGUAUCGUGCUAUGUUGACGCGACAGCGUGUCAUUACGCAACUAUGAUUAUUAUUAUAAUAUCAAGUAUAAAAUUCAAAUUUUACUAUAUUUUUGUCAACGACUAUUAACAGCACAAUGCGAUGGCUACUGGUAUAGACCUCAUAAUCUCGACAGUAUGCAACGCCACAUUUUGCGAACCGAUCUAUGACAAUCCAAUUUUAGAAACCACAAAGAAAGAAACCGAUUCGCGAAAUUUAAUUAAUUUCAUCAACGGAAAGCAUCUGAAAGUCGCAACCUACGAUAAUGUUCCUCUGAGCUGGACGGAAAAUGGACUAAAUGGUUCUCUCGUCGGUCGAGGGGUAGCGUUCGUAAUCCUCGACAUAUUGCGCCAAAAGUUUAAUUUCACCUAUGAGGUAGUAAUACCGGAGAGAAACUAUGUGUUGGGAGGAGAUAAACCUGAAGACUCCUUAAUUGGGCUUGCUAACAGUAGUAAAGUGGACAUGGUCGCUGCGUUUUUGCCUAAAAUACCACCUUUUCGGAAUAUGGUGUCGUUCUCAUACGAUCUCGACGAAGGCAUAUGGGUGAUGAUGCUUAAGAGACCAAAGGAAUCUGCAGCCGGCUCCGGUCUUCUGGCACCUUUUCACAGCUAUGUUUGGUAUUUAAUUCUAGUCGCAGUUUUGUCUUAUGGCCCAUGUAUAACCUUAUUGACGAAAAUACGUUCGAAACUAAUGCCGACGGAGGAGAGUCACAUAAAACUAUCACCGAGCUUCUGGUUUGUAUAUGGAGCACUCAUCAAACAAGGGACCAAUUUAGCACCAGAAGCUAAUACAACUAGAGUUCUAUUUACGACUUGGUGGCUUUUCAUCAUAUUACUGUCGGCCUUCUACACAGCUAAUCUAACCGCUUUUCUUACAUUGUCUAAAUUCACUUUGGAUAUAGAAUACCCUAAGGAUUUAUAUAAGAAGAAUUAUCGAUGGGUUGCGGCACAAGGAAGCCCAGUGCAGUAUAUUGUAUCGAACCCUAACGAAGAUUUAUAUUACCUAAAUGCGAUGGUGAAAAAUGGCCGAGCAGAAUUUCGACCAUACAGCGACGAUCACGCAUUUUUACCACUUGUGAAAAAUGGAGCAGUUCUGGUCAAAGACCAGCUCGCAGUUGACCAUAUAAUGUACAAGGACUAUAUUCGGAAAGCAAAGGAAGGCAUCGAUGAAGUUGACAGAUGUACAUACGUUGUGGCGCCUAACGCAUUUAUGACCAUGUUGAGAGGUUUCGUUUAUCCAAGAGAUAGCAAGUUGAAACAUCUCUUUGAUCGAGUCCUCGUCUACUUAUCACGGGCAGGUAUCGUUAACUUUCUCCAAACACGUGACUUACCGAGUACGAAAAUGUGUCCACUGGACUUGCAAUCUAAAGACCGCCAACUUCGGAACAGCGACUUGCUAAUGACUUAUAUGAUCAUGGUCAUUGGGCUAUCUGCAGCUACAGCCGCUUUUAUAGGAGAGAUUGUAGUUAAAAGAUAUAUACGUAUAAAAAUCAGGAGGCAUGGUAAGCAGAAACGGAAGAAGACUAAAUUUAACAAAAACCAUAUGGUUCACAUGUAUGACGACAGUCGACCGCCGCCCUACGAUUCAAUCUUCGGCCGUCGCAAUCCUAAUUACAAAGUGACAGAGGAAUUACAGACUAAGAUUAUAAAUGGCCGGGAAUAUUUGGUGGUAGACACUACCCAUGGUGCCUCCAGGCUUAUACCAGUCCGGACACCGUCAGCAUUCCUCUAUAAUCUGGAGAAGUGAUUUAUUGAUCAUUUUAACACGUGAAAAAUACCUUUGUCUAUGUAUUUACCGUACUGGCCACAGAACAAAAUUAAUGAGAAAAACGUCACCAUACAUAUCAUAUUAACAAAUAAUAGAAUCCAUAAUGUAUUAUGUACAGAGUAAUUAAUAAAGACUAGAAGUACAAGAUAAAAAUAAAAAAGUGAACUAGACUAUUAAUUUGCUAACUGUAAAAUAAAUUAAUUGAGAUUAAAAGAGUUCAUGUAUUGUUUGAAAGUAUAUAAUAAUGAAUAUAUCUGGUAGUCAGACUCAUUACUCUCUUACCGGAUGGGUAGAGAGAAUUUGUUAUUGUAUAGUAUUUUAGAAUCUCAUAUACGUUUAUUUUAACAAAAUAACAUUUAAAUACAGUACAAAUUAAAUUUUACCUGUUCUGUGGCAUGUACAAUAAUAGUAAUAACUUUUAUAUG